AUGUGGAGAAAAAUGGACAAUGCACUCCCUCUUGUACAAGCCUCAGUUGCGCAAAGUGGUUUGAAGAUGGCAGGACUUGGAUUGGGCAUAGAGGUCCAUAUUAAGGAGAUUCCUGUCAGUUAUGCAAAAUCCCAACAAGUCAUUGAUGAUAUCUGGCAGACGAUGACUCCAAAGGUUGUUAUCCAUUUGGGCAUAGCUCCAGGAGCCAAAGGCAUCACACUGGAGCAAACAGGGAAGAACCACUGCUACAAAGACAGGGAUGUGAGUGGUCUGUGCCCUGAUCGUCACUGCUGCAUUGAGGGAGGACCAGAACGACUGGACUCCAUCAUAGACAUGAGGUCCCUUAGCAAGCAUUUAAAAAGUAUGGGGCUUGAUGUCAUCUACUCUAGGGACGCUGGGAGGUACCUGUGUGAUUUUGUAUACUACUAUUCGCUGUACCGUGGGCAGGGAAAGGCUGCGCUGAUCCAUGUGCCAGCCUCAGGCAGCGUGGCAAGCUCAGAGAGACUGGUACCACAACUCCAGACCGUCAUCCAGGCUGUGUUACGCCAGCUGGACCGCCGUGCACACACAACCUCAGGACAGGUAGAAAACAAUAAAGAAAACAUCCUCCACAAAACAUAAUCCUAUCACCGUUUACAUAGCGGAAAUGCAAUAAGUGACACUCGACACAGGCCUUCAGACUCAUUCAUUUUUUAAUUCAAAAUUUAAGAAAAAAAGAAAAUACAUGAAAAUUCUUCAGAUAUACAUUAAGCCAAUGGCAUGUAAAAAGUCUACCAUCUCAACUGGUGGUGAGGAGAAAACUGAAAAACAGGAGGCCUUAGAUACAUAACUUACAAGAAGGCGAGAGUACCAGCCAAGCCGUUUCACCAUCAGUUUCUACCAAGCAAUGCAGUGACACAGAGAUUUUUAUUUUUCCUAAUUUUUCGUUUCUUUUUUUGUGAAAGGAAAAUAAAAAGUGUUAUUAAACUCUUUUCAGUACAGUAGAUCAAGGCCCCUUUUGAAAUUUGUCGGAAUGCCAAGCAAAAACAACAGUGCCUGGGAAAUGAUGUCUGUGAAACCUCAAGCUCAUUAUUGCAAUUAAAAUGCAUACAUGCAUCUUUUCUAAACCUGAGGUUUUGCAUUAUGAAGAAAUAGAAUAAAGUAAUAAUAGUUCUUAUGAUAGUUGAGGAAAAAAAAUCUUUCAGUCAAUCUACCUUCAGGUUUGCAGAGAACUUGCAUUGCAACAUAAGCUAUUUCUACUGUAAACUUGUCUCUUUUUAUUUUAAAUUCUAGUCAUGUUCUCUCUCUCUGUGUCAUGACUACCCGUAAUCUACUGGACAUCGCUGUCCUAUUUGUGUCUGUGUAUAUGUGUGUUUCUGUAGAUCUGUAACCUACUGGUAACUAAGGAACCUUGGCAGCAUUCAAUGAAAACUGACAUUCACUUUGCAACAGGCCAAUGCUUUUGUCCAUAUUCAUUACAGAAAGAAAAAAAGAAACAGAAAUAAAUAGUGAUAUCUAUUAUUUUCCCAUUAUAAACACAUCAAAAUCUUAAUCACUACAUCUACAUGUGAUACACUCCCACCCAUAUACAUACGCAACAAUACAAGCACAAGGGCUUUUAUAGAAUGGUUAUUUCGAUCAUCUUGUUGUACCACACAGAAUAAUAUUCUUUUCAAACAAUGUGCCUCUCAGCAACCCGACCAGGUCUUUUCCUACAAGCGCCCUUGUUUCCAACCCCUGGAGUUCAAAAGAUCCAAAAUAUUAAAGUCAAAGAACAUUUUUAAGUGCCAUGAAACAGAAGGACCAGGGGCUGUAAGGAAUCCACUCUGUAAUUCUCGGAAUCCACUUUGCAUUUUAAUCGUCUGACCCAUUGUGGUUUUUUAAUGGUUAUUUAGAGAGAGAAAGCAUGUUGCUGAGAUCCACCGCCUACCCAAUGCCAUUGGAAAGACUAUUUGUAGUCUCUGUAAAGCAGCAUGUUGUCAGCAGCAGUAGAAAAGAGAGGCAAAACGACAGCCCUUUCUCUCUCUAGAGAAUGAUGUCGAUGAAUACGGUGACAACAAUUGGCCCUUUCUAUAUACUCACUAGACACGUGGAGUGCAUCUGACCAAACAAAUCAGCUGGAAUGUUUUUCCAGGUAGGUUUAUGAGAAGGGAAAAAAAAUCCACUGGUUUGUUGUAAGAAAGUGUUACAAAAUCCACAUUAUGCAUUCAACUGUUAGAUGCUUUGGCCAAAAGGUUAAAAAAAAUUAUCUGAUUGUAAAAAAAAAACCAGUGGUAUUUAUAAACUAGGUGAAGUUAUCAGUGUGCAUUAAAGUCACCUUCAAUUAUAGGCUACUGAAAAAAGUAGGAGACCUAACAUUUUUGUGCAGAAGCACAGUGUGCCUGAGAAGGGCAUGCUGGGAAACAGGAUGUCCAGUGCUAUGAUCUCUGUCGAUGCUGCAGAUGAGUUACUGAAUAAGAUCAUGUAAGCUAAUGAAAUUUAAUGGGAAAAAAAUCAUGUACAGUUUUUCUUGUUGGCUUAACUGUGAUGUUAUGUUAAUUACAUGAAUUACACUUCAUGUGACUUUUCUUGCUGCAACUGUUUUGAUUUGCCAGAAUUUGCAUUCUUGACUUGCUCUCCUAAACCUUUACGAACAGUUUCAUCUAUUAGAUGGUGGAUAAGGAGAGAUCACUGAAAAAGAAUAUUAAAUACAGAGGAAAAACACUGAUAGCAACUACGUUUUAUCUGUGGUCCAUCAUGUUGAAACCUUCUGGUGAAUUAGGCAUUUUAAUAUGAUUAUUUAAAAAGUACUGCAGCUUGAUUGAAAGCAGUGGGAUUUUUGUGUUGCUGGGCAUGUGAUAAGGGAUGCAAGAGACACGCCAUUAGGAAUCCCAUAGGCAUGUAAGCUCACACCAUGACUUCCUCUCUCUCUAUUCCUGGGAGCUCGUGCUUUGUGGUGCUUAUUAAAGAGUUGUUUUUUUUUUUUAAAUCAGAGACAAGACAGAGGAUGAUAAUGUGUCCUCUACAGAAAAAAA